AUGAAGAUGCACUUCUGCAUCCCGGUGUCCCAGCAGCGGCCCGACGCGCUGGGCGGCCGCUACACGCUGUACUCCGUGUACCUGGACGGGCUGCUGUUCUGCAGGGUGCGCUACAGCCAGCUGCAUCGCUGGGACGAGCAGCUGAGACGGGUCUUUGGAAAUUGCCUGCCUCCCUUUCCACCAAAGUACUACCUCGCGAUGACCACAUCUAUGGCUAAUGAGAGGAGGGACCAGUUGGAACAUUAUUUGCAAAAUGUAACCGUGGACCCAAACAUGUUGAGAAGUGAAGUCUUCGUUGAUUUCUUAAAGCGGGUGCAGCUGGACACGUUCAGCAUCGCCGCCAAGAAAGCCGCCCUGGACAUAUUUCUGCCCGACGGGAGGAGCAUCGAAGUCGAGAUCCUCACCUCGGACACGGCCGAAAGGGUUCUGGAGGUGGUGUCGCACAAAAUUGGACUGUGUCGAGAGCUCUUGGGCUACUUCGGCCUCUUUCUCAUUCGGUUUUGCAAGGAGGGCAAGCUCUCUGUCAUGAAAAAGGUAGCGGACUUUGAACUCCCUUAUGUGAGUCUCCGAAGUUCCGAACUGGAAGACUGCAAGGUCGGGCUCCGGAAGUGGUACAUGGACCCAUCCCUCGACUCCAUGCUGAUGGACUGCAGAGCGGCGGUGAAUCUGAUCUACCUGCAGGCCAUCCAGGACAUCCAGAGAGGAUGGGCCAAACCCACUCCGGCCCAGAGGCAGAAACUAGAGGCUCUCCAGGCGGAAGACAAGCAAGCAGAGUUUCUGGAGCUGGCCCGGGAGGUGCGGCACUAUGGCUACGUGCAGCUGGACCCGUGUACCUGUGACUACCCGGAGCCGGGCUGCGGGGCUGUGCUCUCCGUUGGCAACAACGAGAUCAGCUGCUGCGUCACCCUGCCCGACAGUCAGACCCAGCAGGUUGUCUUCCAGCUGAGCAGAGUGAAGUGCUGGCAGGUCACCUUCCUGGGGACUCUGCUGGAUAUGGAUGGGCCCCAGCGAACCCUCAACCAGAACCUGGAGCUUCGAUUCCAGUACAGCGAGGGCAGUCGCUGGCAGUGGUUUGUCCUUUACACCAAACAGGCUUUUCUGCUGAGUAGCUGCUUGAAAAAAAUGAUCUCAGAAAAGAUGGUAAAGCUAGCUGCGGAGAAUCCAGAAAUGCAGAUUGAAGUUCCAGAACAAGGCAGAAGUAAAAAAUACCACAGUCAACAAAGCCAGCAGAAAGACUAUUCUAGUUUUCUACCAAGGACAAGCAAGAUGAAGGCAGCUGAAGGUGACUGUGAUUGGGGGACCACAAAGGAAGAAGGUCUUUGA